UCAUGUGGUACGUCAUCAAGAAACUUACUUUCAGUUUUGUUUUCAUUGGUAAACCUCUUCUGGAGUAGACAGAAACAAAAACUAAACACAGAUGUUGAACUUUUUCAUCCUUGCGUGUGAAUACACUUAUUAACACCCUAUUACAAUAUGCGAAUAUAAUCUUCGAUCAUGGUCUCUAAAAAGGGAGUGAUAUUGUUUUCGUGUGGCUUGUUGGGUGUUGUCUUCCUUGUCGUAGGCUGUGUUCUCAUAAACGUUUUUGACACUCUCAUCCAUUCGGAGGUGAAAGAUGGUCUACCAUUAACAAAAGGCUCGGCUUCUUAUAAAAACUGGCAGUCACCAAAAUCGCCCAUUUACUUCCAAGUAUGGAUGUUCAAUGUGGUCAAUCGCAUGGAAAUAAUCGCAGGAGAAAAGCCAGCAGUGGCUCAGAUGGGACCCUACACCUACAGGGAACAUCGCGAGAAGGUGGACAUAAACUACUACGACAAUGGAACCUUGACUUACAGGGAGCUGCGGUCCUUUGUAUUCCAGCCUGACAUGUCUGUUGGCUCAGAGAACGACACGUUCUACACAGUCAACCUUCCUGCUCUGACCAUCAUGUCUAUGCUAAAGAGAGAAUACACAUUUUUUGAUGAAUUAGUUGACUUGAUCUUGAAUGCAAUUGGCGAACGAUUGUUCAUACAGUUGUCUGUGCAUGAUUUGAUGUGGGGCUAUGAGGACCCUUUAUUAAAGGAUGCGAAAGAAAUUGCUAGAAUGUUCAAUCGGACUCUGAACAUGUCAGACUAUUUUGGUCUGUUUUAUAAUCAAAACAACACAGACGAUGGCCUUUAUCAGAUCUACUCAGGUGUUAAAGGUAUCGACAACUUUGGGAAAAUUGUUACCUGGAAUCAAUUUGAGAAACUUCCUUACUGGACCAAUGAAUCUGCCAACAUGAUCAACGGCACAGAUGGCACCAUCUACCCUCCAUUUAUCAGCACCAAGGAAACAAAAUAUUUGUUUUCUUCUGACCUCUGCAGAUCACUGGGUUUAGAUUUCACUGAACCUCUGACCGUCAAGGGGAUUGGUUUAGACAGAUUUGUGGCCCCUGACAUCAUGUUUGGUAACGUGACAGUCAACCCGUACAACGCAGGGUUCUGUACCCCCGCAGGUAACUGCCUGCCCUCUGGUCUGCUCAACGUUAGCGUCUGCCGCAGUGGUGCCCCGGUCAUCAUGUCCAUGCCUCACUUCUUGGGGUGCGACCAGGAGACUAUAGACACCAUCGUGGGCCUGCGACCUGACAGGGAGGAACAUCAGAGCUACAUUGAUAUUGAACCUAUGACAGGUGUAGCCAUGAACGUGGGGAAAAGAUUACAAAUCAACACCUACAUAGAACCGGAUGCUAAAUUUCAAGAUCUAAAGAACAUCAAAAAACCCUUCUUUAUGCCAGUCAUGUGGCUCAAUGAGAGUGCUGUCAUAUCAGACAGUGAUGCCAGUGACUUCCGAAGUGAGGUUCUGGAUAAAAUUAAAAUAACAACCGGAGUCAAAUACGGUCUGAUUGUUUUGGGAGCUGUCAUGAUCAUCAUUGUUAUCCUCGUUUUAGCUCUGCCCAAACUGAAAGACUUGAUGAUGAGGAAGAAGGAAGAGGCAAUCAACAAAAAUAAUGAGGAUGAUGAUGACGUGCCUAUAUUGUUCCACGGAGCAUCUUAAUGACCUCAUCUCUUGAGUGUUGUGACCAGUUCUUUCAGACGUCCACCUGCUGACCCCUGCUCCCUUAGUUGAUAUUUUUUGCUUCGAAGUUUCUCAAGUCAGUAGUAAUCACCCCACAAUUUUAUUCCUUACAUUAGUGACCUUUGCAUGACCCCCACAGCAGUGACCUUUAUAUUAGUGAUCUUUACAUGACCCCC